AUGGACUCCAAGGGGCUUGCCUCUGAAUCUUCUAUGGAGGUUCGUCAAGAGCCGCCUAACCCUGAAGAAAAGCCCAACGACGCUCAGCCAUCUCCUGAUGGAGGCUUGCAAGCAUGGCUUGUUGUUUUGGGAGCGUUUUUUGGUCUGUUUAUCAGCUUUGGAUGGACGAACUGUGUCGGCGUCUUCCAGGAAUACUAUGAAACCCACCAGCUAGCAUCAUUGUCGCCGAGUACAGUGUCUUGGAUCCCAGCAUUGUCUAUGUUCACAAUCUUCAUUGCAGGACCUUUUGUGGGACAGCUGUUUGACCAUUUCGGUCCUAGAAUUCUCCUGCUCCUUGGCAGUACCAUCCAUGUUUUUGGGUUAAUGAUGGCAUCCAUUUCAUCUCGAUAUUAUCAGUUCAUUCUAUCUCAAUCCAUCUGCAGUCCCAUUGGCGCGGCCAUGGUUCUAUACCCUUCUUUCAGCUGUAUCACAACAUGGUUUCUGAAGAAACGCGCCUUAGCAAUGGGCAUCGCCGCCAGUGGAUCUAGUAUGGGCGGAGUCGUGAUGCCUAUUAUGGUAAAUCGACUUAUACCCAUUAUUGGCUUUGGUUGGACAAUGCGAACAUGCGCGUUUAUGAUGCUGGGUCUCCUGAUCAUAACCAAUUUGACAGUUCGAUCACGCUUACGUCCUCAGCCGAAAAACUUCGGAAUUGCAUCUUUUUUCGCAUCAUUUAAAGAUCCUCCUUUUCUCUUGUUAGCUAUGGCCGGAUUCUUCUACUCUAUGGGUAUGUUCAUACCUAUAACCUUCUUGGUCACAUAUGGUAGAAGUGUAGGGAUGUCGCCAGAGCUGGCUGGGUAUCUAGUUUCCAUGUUCAACGGGGCAAGCGGUAUUGGACGUAUUCUACCUGGAUACAUAGCCGAUAAAGUAGGAAACUUUAACGUAUCACUUUUCGCCGCAUGUCUUUCAACAAUUUUAGUGUUUGGAGUCUGGCUUCCUGGACACUCCCAUGCAACUACGAUAGUCUUUGCGUCUCUAUUUGGACUUAGCACCGGAACCUAUACAGCUAUGAGUCCUGCCCUGGUGGCCCAAAUAUCCGACAUACGCGAGAUCGGACUAAGAUCAGGAGCAAUGUACGCAUUCAUGUCUAUAGCAGCUCUUACGGGAAGCCCCAUUGGAGGGGCCCUCAUUACUGCAGCAGGAGGAAGUUAUUGGAAAUUGCAAGUUUUCACUGGAGUUAUGCUUGCCGUAGGAAGUGCCUUUUAUGGAGCUUCAAAGCUCUACCUGGCAAAAGGCAAAGUGUGGACAAAGGUAUAG